AUGCCUCGACUCUACGACGAAGAACCACGAUCGAUAUUCAUCAUUCCCAAUCCCUUCCGGGCACUCUCUCACAAGGCACGACAAAUUGGUGUCUAUUCAGCAGGUGUCUUGUUUGCACUUGGCUGGUGGGUGUUUAUUGAUGCACUGGUAAUGUCUGCAAGAGCUGAAGGUGACGUCAAGGCACAUAUGGGAUUUGAAGACUGGGUAUCCGGUAUCCUUUCUACCUUGGGUAUGGUCAUUAUCAACCUGAUUGACAAAUCUCGACUCCAUGGUGAAGAAUAUGCAUAUGCUGGCAGUAGCUUGGUGUUCAAGGCACGCCUUUUCUUGUUUCUUGGCUUUGCAUUGAUAGCGGGAGGAUUUGCUGGUUCAUUCUGCGUGUUGAUUGUCAAGUAUAUCGUGUACUAUGAAUCAGCACAACCAUAUACCUAUUAUGGAGCAGCAAUCGUGAUUCAAUGUGGUUUAAUUAUGGUUAGCACGAUUGUACUCUGGGUCGCUCAAAACACUCAGGGGGAAUACGAGUAUGGUGGAAUAGGAUUAUAG